AUGAAUCCACCCCAAGCACCUUUCGCCCCCGCCAACCAGGCAUACCCGCAGGAGAAGGCCUAUCCCCAGGAUCAGGUCUAUCCCCAGGAGCAAGUCUAUCCCCAGGAGCAAGUCUAUCCCCAGGAGCAGGUCUACCCCCAAGAACAAGUCAAUCCCAAGAAACAGGCCUAUCCCCAGGCAACGAAUCCGGAAAAAAAGAACGAUAACGAAAACAACCACUUCGAGGAGCUUUUGUUGGAUCCCGCGGAGGAAAGUCUUGUUCGGGCUAUGAGAGCGGGAAAAUUUAGGAAUUUUCCCGCUCUCAAGCUGCGAGGACCCAGGUCCGUGGAAGCGGACAGACUUUUCAUGAAACUUUCGCCGAUGGAUUGUAGACUGAAACGAGAACAAGACAACAAGAUGCUAAAAAGGUUCAAAUACUACAAACACAUCCUUCAAGCUCCCAAAGGCUCGAACAAUCUCUUUGUCUGCAUCCCAAGCCACCCUUGGCCCGAGUAUUCUCAACCGCUUACCUGCCUCUACUGCAAUCUGACCACAGAUCACGUCAACAUCCCCCGCCCGAAGACCUCGGAAGUCAGAAUCCUGCACAACCAAAACCUCUGUCCCUACCACGACUACUACCUUCUCAGUGGCUGUUCCCUCGGCUACCACGAGCUUUUGGCGCUCAACGCGUUCGAGCAGUGGGGUAUAUCGUUUGGCACUACGCGUAGGAAGAAGCCCGGACCUCGCCGAACAAUAGGCCCGGAUAGAUACCUCUAUGAGAAACGAUCACAUAUCAAAUAUUUCAUCGAUCGCAUGCGCGAGGAGGUGGUGGAGAAGAGGGGACAUCUGGUUACCACGGAAGCGGAUCUGAAGUUGGGGACGUUUCUUGGAGAAGGGUCUGGGUCUGGGUAUGUUUUCGAAGCUUGCGAGAGAGAAGGGAAGGCGAAGAGGAUUGGGGUCAUUGGGGAUGGGAGGCCUGUUGUGAAGGGCAAAGAGACUGGAAAUGAUGAGGACGAGGAGGAUGAGGAGGCUAUGGAGGAAGUUGGGCCGGCGGGUGGAGGCGCACCUUUGACUGCCCCUGAGUGA